CCUUUCGUAUUGACUGGCUCUGAUGAUAUGACAGUCAAAUUGUGGGAUUGGGAAAAGGGAUGGAAAUGUAUUCAGAUAUUUGAAGGUCAUACACAUUACGUUAUGAAUGUGAAUUUUAAUCCUAAAGAUUCGAACACUUUCGCAUCUGCUUGUUUGGAUCGUACAAUUAAAGUGUGGUCACUUGGAUCAACGGUUGCAAAUUUUACGCUUGAGGGACACGAAAAGGGAGUGAACUGGGUAGAUUAUUAUCAUGGUGGCGAAAAACCAUAUCUAGUAUCAGCAGCUGAUGAUAAACUUGUUAAAAUUUGGGAUUAUCAAAAUAAGACUUGCGUUCAAACCUUGGAGGGACAUACUCAGAAUGCCGCGUUUGCGUGCUUUCACCCUGAAUUACCAAUUAUUAUUUCUGGCAGUGAGGAUGGUACCGUCAAGAUUUGGCAUUCCAAUACUUAUCGAUUAGAAAAUACUCUUAAUUAUGGUCUUGAGCGCGCGUGGACAAUCGCUUACCAAAAGGGCAACAACAAUGUUGCAUUCGGAUAUGACGAGGGGGCUGUUUGUGUCAAGCUAGGACGAGAAGAACCAGCAGUAAGCAUGGAUAAUUCUGGAAAAAUUAUUUGGGCCAAGCAUAAUGAGAUUCAAACGGCCAAUAUAAAGGCCGGUUAUG